AUGUUUCGCUGCAACGAGUUUAGAGACAAACGGGAACUUGUGUUGCGCAAGUCAAGCCAGCCGGGCUAUAGCCACAAGAACAAGGGGCACUUUGGAAAGGAUUUCAACAGAGGCGGGUCAGGAUUGCGCGGAUCGCCAACGGACUUUCAUCAGAAGAGCUUUUCUCCCUUCUCUCCGCGUCCAUCCGCUUUGUUGCCUUCACUUUUGUCCGCGGAAAUCGAGCCACCACCACAACAGAAGCAAUACAAAGUCUACAUUCCACCCGCUGUACCACAAAUGUAUUCGAGCCGUUCCGUGGGAUACUUCGAUGCUUCAAAUGGACGUGAAGCCACUCAAUACGGCUUGUCUCGUGGAUCACCAAACUCAAAAAAGUCAACUCGUUCCGACUCCUACAAGACUGUGAUGUGCCAAUCGUGGUUGGAGAACAACUCGUGUCAUUUUGGAGAGAACUGCAGAUUUGCACAUGGAGAAUUUGAGCUUCGCCCAGUUAAACUUGAAGCCAAGCAGAACGGAAAGUACAAAACAAAGCUCUGCGACAAGUACACAACUACUGGUGUUUGUCCAUAUGGUGCCAGAUGCCUGUUCAUUCAUCCAGAACAUGGAGGUGGUGUUGAGGGAAACGAUUAUAUUCGCGCUGAUAAGAUGGUUGAAAUUGCCACUCGUCAUGCCGCUGCUGACAAACAACGUAUCACCGAAGCCCUCCUCCAAGCACCACUCUACUUGGCCAGCCUCGAUCAACUGCAGAAUCAGCGCUUCGCGGUGGACGGUGUAGCUCGUCGUGGCAAAGAUGAAGACAACGGAGAACAUUUGAUGGGACGAGCUUUUCCAUCGGUUCAUCCAUCGUGGCCACUUGAGCCGAAGAUGUACAAGAAUGCCUCUGAGCCUAUGCCAUUGAGGGAACGUCAGAAUUCAUUCAGUGACAUCAUUGUGAAUUUGGAACAAUUCGUGGUGCAGCAAUCGGAUCCAUCGGCUCCUUUGAACAUUGCACGACGAACUCCAAGCCCAGUUCCUUCUGAGCGCAUGACAAUGGGUACUGCUACGCCAGCUUCUGGAUAUGUUACCGGAGAAUCGUCACCUGCCAUCAGAUCUUUCCUAGGAGAGCACAAGCCAUUCAAUUCGCUUGGCAUCUCGCCUUUCUCCAUGAUGGGAAUCAGCAGUGACUCGCACUACUCUUCAAAUGGAUCGAUCAGUGGCGAGGAUAUUGAUGGACAGGAGAUGAACAUCGACCUCAACUUUGAUUUUCUCAAAGACCAAAGCUUCAAUGGAGACGAGAAGACUGUGAAGGGCGGAAAGAAGGCAAGCGUGACUCCAGGUCAUUCGACGUAUGAUCCAUUCACCUACACCAUCAUGAACGAUAACUUCUCGCGUGAAUGGUGCAAGGAUUUGAGCAAGGAGUUCUGCACUGUUUAUUCGUGCUUAUUUGAGAUGAACUCGUUGGCGAAUUUGAGUAAACCUUUCUUUCGCCAACUCUCUUCACCGCGUUUCUUUGCCAGCAAAGGCUCAACGCCAGCACCGAGAAUCGUGCGAACACGAGAGGAAACGAAAAAUCGGAUCCUUCACGUCGAAUGGAGUGAUGGCGUUGUCGGGCGAUACGCGUUCACGUGGCUCCGCGACUGUUCCCCCGAUCCACUCACGUACACUUUCUCGUCGGCGAUGACCGCCCGGAAUUUGUGGAUGCGCGAUUUUGAUGUCAGGCCAACGAUCAAAGAGUUGCAGAAUGCGGAUGAUGGCACGUCGCUGCUCAUUGAAUGGGAUGGCGGGCAUUUGAGUCGUUUCAACUCCGACUGGUUACGCUUUCGAAAUCCGUGCGACGAAGCGGCAAGAAAGCAUAGGAGAAAGUUCUAUCUUUUCCCUGAAGACACUUGGGAUCGAGAGAGGAUCGAGAAGCGAUUGAAAACGUUUAACUUUGAGAAAAUGAUGGGAGAUGAUAAAGUUUUACACGAUUUCCUCGAAGCCGUCUGCUUGGAUGGGAUCGCAAAAUUGACGGGUGGACCGGGGAGGGGAGCUGUGGAAAUGAUCGGGAAAAGAAUCCUUCUGAUACACAGAACACAUUUCGGAAAGAUCUUCGAAGUUUCGACGAAAUCGGACGCUUCAAACAUGGCCUACGCGUCGAAUGGAGAGCUACCGUUUCACACGGAUUUCCCCUCACUCGCCGAUCCGCCACAGCUUCAAAUGUUGCACAUGAUCAGAAGGGCCGAGCUGGGAGGGAACAGCCUCUUCGUCGACGGGUUUCACGUCGCGAAAUUGUUGAAAGCGGAGAAGCCAGAGAUUUUCGACACAUUGUGCAACUAUUCAGCUGAAUACAUUGAGGACGGCUAUGACAUACAUCUGGACGACACGGGAAAUCAAAUGAAAUUCCCGUUCAAGAUGGCUGCAAGGCAUUCAACUUUCAAGCUCGAUCGCGCCGGACGAGUCGUGCAGGUGCAAUUUGGAAACGCGAUGCGCUCGUGGUUCUACGAUUGUGCGCCUGAAGAAGUUCAGAAAAUUUACGACGCCUUGAAGAUUUUCACUCAGUAUUGCUACGACGAACGCAACAUGCUCAAAUUUCAGCUACAAGAUGGUGAUACGGUUCUCUGGGCGAACAAGCGAGUCCUCCAUACAAGGGAUCAUUUCAAGAAUGUCCCGGGGGAGGCACGAACGCUUGAGGGUUGCUAUUUUGCGUGGGACAUCGUGAAAUCGAGAGUACGACAGCUGAGAUCCGAGCUCAAUUUGGAUAAAGAUCAGCCGGCUGUG